CAUGGGUGUCGCUAACCUUCAUUUACCAGUGGCGGUCCGUUUGUUGGAAACUGUUGCGCGGGACUAUAGAGGAAGAAAAGAGGUGGAAAGAGGGCAAAUAGGUAGGGGCUGUGUAGCCUACGUACAAAACCUGUGGUCUCCACUCUCUAGCCUACAUAAGUAAAUUGACCAUAAAUCCAAUUCCCUGGUGCGAGGGCGGUAGAGAGAGUGAGAGAGAGAGGGGGAGAGAGAGAGUAUCCGGGAAACAAGAAGCAAAUAGCAAAGAGACGCUAAUUAGACCGGCAAAACCGGCCCGGAACCGUGGAGAGCAUAGCCACAAGGCUACUUGUCGGUAUUUGAAGUAAGAAGAUAUUAUUUUCUCAGUUGGCUUAUUCCAUCGAUGCUGGUGGCUGGAAUGGAAUUGUCUUAACGCAACUUACGGUCACAGCAGUUGGACUGCGUUUUACAUCUGUGUGCAAUACCUAGCUGUCAGCGGAUUAAACGGUCGUCUACAGAGCCUGCUGCCGAGGAACAGGGGGAUUUCAGCACCCUGGACAGCGAAUAGCAGUUGAGGCAGCGGCAAGGCUGGCGCGUUGCGGAGGGGGGAGAGGAUGCUGCGUCGCUGGCCCAGUGUUAGAGCCUCCCCCCGGGGAAGCUGGCGUCAGACGCAGGGCCCAACAGGCCGCUGACCCCCAUCCCUUGUCUCUGUGAUUUAUGGCUACCAGUGAUCUGGCUACUGCAGGCUCCUCUUUCGCUUUCACAUUCACACACACGCACACACACUGCACCACUGAAACAGAGCCACACACACACUGCCUUACCGUAGCUAAUGCUGCCUCACAGUGUGAUUCCGCCACACGCCGAGCAACAGAAUUGCCUCGACGCACACCGACAAGAGCCAAGCCAAUGCGCUGCUUUUCUCUGGCCCGCGUGACCUCGCACGUGUCCUAAACUCGCACCCUCAUACCCUACGUAAACCCAUCACUCCCCUUCUGUGCGCGUGGAUCAGCGGGCCAGGAUGACCGUCGGCCAUAGAGCGCCUCGAUGUGGCGCCUGCUUUACUAGCAGAAGGGGAUCAAUGGAACUGCGCUGAGGGAUCGGAUGAAGUUCUGGCGCCUGCGUGGCCUGAGAAACAUCACCUGGCAGCAUUCCUAAACAGACUGAGCCCCGCUGACCUUACUGUUUUCACUCCGCUGAACGGCUCGAUAGACCGUAUGACCCACCGGCGUUCCACGGGCGUGCCCGUUGUCCCCUUCUGACGUUAACAUCUGACGCGCCCCUAUCCCUGCUCUCAUUCCUCUUUCUGUUUCGGUCACCCGAAGCCGUGGACUGGAGGUGAGAGCCAGUGGGCGGUAGGGUCCGGUCCUCGCCAUGGUGUUGCCGCCCCCGGACAAGCGCCACGUGUGCCUAACCACGAUUGUCAUUAUGACCAGCAUGGCCUUCAUGGACGCCUACCUGGUGGAGCAGAACCAGGGGCCCAGGAAGAUCGGUGUGUGCAUCAUCGUAUUGGUCGGGGACAUCUGCUUCCUCAUCGUGCUGCGCUACGUGGCCGUGUGGGUGGGCGCGGAGGUGCGGACGGCCCGUCGCGGCUACGCCAUGAUCCUUUGGUUCCUCUACAUCUUCGUUCUGGAGAUUAAGCUCUACUUUGUCUUCCAAAACUGCAAGGCAGACAGGAAGUCUUUGGAGACGGUGGCCCGGAAAGCCUUGACUCUGUUGUUGUCCGUGUGUGUCCCUGGGCUUUACCUGGUCCUAGUGGCUCUGGACAGCAUGGAGUACAUCAGGACCUUCAGGAAGAAGGAGGACAUGCGGGGGAGGCUUUUCUGGGUGGCUCUAGAUCUUCUGGAUCUUCUGGACAUCCAGGCCAACCUGUGGGAGCCCCAGCGGACCGGCUUGCCCAUCUGGGCCGAGGGCCUCAUGUUCUUCUACUGCUACAUCCUGUUGCUCAUCCUGCCAUGCGUCUCGCUCAGCGAGAUCUCCAUGCAAGGUGAGAACGUGUCUCCUCAGAAGAUGAUGCUCUACCCCGUCCUCAGCCUGGUCACCAUCAACGUGGUCACCAUCCUGAUACGCGGGGUGAACAUGGUGCUGUUCCAGGACAGCAGAGUCUCGACCAUCUUCGUCGGCAAGAACGUGGUGGCGAUUGCUACGAAGGCGUCAACAUUCCUGGAGUACCGACGCCAGGUGAAGGAGUUCCCUCACCCACAGAACGCCAUGGCGUUGGAGCUGCAACAGAACUCAGUGGGUCACGGACACACAGCAAACGCGUCACACACGCAGCCCCUACCUAACUCUACCAACCUGCCUCAUGAACCGUCGCCAGCACGUGACAUAGACACAUGACCGCAAACACUGGAGCUUUUCCACCACGGUGGUCAGUGAUUAAGUGAACCUGAAAUCUGGUUGGAAUGGUUUAUGAGUUGUGGAGAGUUUGGUGUUAAGAGAGGAAUGGGUUACAUGGCAGCAUAUUUUUCUUCCUGUCAAGCCCACUCGAAAUGACUACGAGGGAUAUUUUCAGCCUAGACUGUCUGUCGGCCUCUGUCUGUCUGCGGAAGGACAGAGAUCUGCUUUCUUGAUUCAGACAGAAAGAGACUGACAUGGUUUUUAUUGAACUGAAUUAUAUAUUACAUUGUGUUUUUAAAUGAACAGUUUUAAAGCUUUAUUAAUAAUACGGGACAAUUUACAUAUUCUUCGGCUGAGUGAUGUAGGUAUGUCGUGUAACAGUAAAUUGGAGCGUUCGUUCCUCUCUAAUAAUUUUCUAAGUCCCCUUUUUGACUGUCCAUUGCGUGGCUUUUUUCUUUGUUGUGAAAAAGAGGUAGCUAUACCACUUGCCCCAAAGAAGAAGCACUUCAGUUGAAGUGGAGAAAGAGAGGAAGGAGAGGAGGGAAACGAAAGGAGAAUGUUUGUUUGAGCCAUAGUGGGGAGAAGAGUGGUAAUAGAGUGGAAUUCAGCCACUGCUUGAUUCUGCUGAGGAAGGAGCUAUUGAAUCUUAAACCUGCUGCCUCUGUCAGUGUGACGCUUUACGACUAAAUGUCUGAUAAAACCAAUAGAGCUCAGCACUAUACACUCCACCCGAGGCAGCCAACCAUGUGUAUUCUUUGUGCUUGUAUGAGGGUUGUUCAUGUAAAACUUUAUUUGGAUGACUGGGAGUGUGUGGCUUGGUAAAGUAGGUGUGAAAGAAAAAGCAAAAAGGAAGUGUUCGUGUCAGAAAAAUAAAGGAAAAACAACAUAUUGAUUUAUCUACUGUACAUUCCUCCACAAAAAAACCUUGAAGUCAAAGAAUGUAGACGUGAAGACAUAGCCUCAUUGACAAAUGUUAAAACUUGUGUACAAUCAACCUCAAACUUGCUGUUUCUACUUAGUGAAGUGGGUGUUAUGGAAAAUGAUUCAUUAUUAUUAAAAAUAACAUGUACAUUCUUUACAACAAAUGUAUGUUGGAGGCCAGUGAUGUUUUAAUAAAACAAUUAAACUAA